ACAGGGAAAGAGGCAGAUCAGGGCGAUCUGUGAAGUGGCUCCUUUUGUCUUGACUCGUCUCCGUGAGAUGAUGUGACUGAAGAACUGCAGAAGGAGAGAUUUCUGAACUUCUUUUCAAACCUCAGCUGGACAGACAAACCUGCUUUGACUCACUGCAAGAAAAGCUCUGAUUUGACACCCGUCUCGUCUUUUUUGUGCUGAGGGUUCAGCCAUGCACCUCGGGUCAGACAUCCUGAUCCUGCUGAGUGUGCUGCUGCUGUGGGGAACUCUGGGAUCCGGAGAACAGAAUGACACAGAACCCAUCAUACUCGAAGGCAAAUGUUUGGUGGUUUGUGACUCCACUCCUUCAUCCGAGCCUGCUGGGAACGCUUUGGGGAUGUCUGUCCGCUCCGGCUCUGGACGAGUGGCCUUCUCCGCCAGCCGCCAGACCAACCACGAGCCCACAGACAUGAGCAACCGCACUAUGAUCAUCUACUUUGAUAAUAUCUUGGUAAACGUUGGGACUCAUUUUGACCAAGAGAGUAGCAUCUUUCUGGCGCCUCGGAGAGGAGUUUACAGCUUCAACUUUCACGUUGUGAAGGCCUACAAUAGACAAACCAUUCAGGUGAGCCUGAUGGUGAACGGCUGGCCGAUGAUUUCUGCUUUUGCUGGAGACCAAGAUGUGACCAGAGAAGCUGCGACCAAUGCCGGCUUGGUGAUCAUGGAGAAGGGGGACAAGGCGUACCUCAGACUGGAGAGAGGAAACCUGAUGGGGGGCUGGAAGUAUUCCACUUUCUCUGGAUUUCUGGUGUUUCCUUUGUGAGGAAGGUGGAAUGCUUGAAGGAUGAAGAUGAUAGAAGCAGAAGGAACAACUUGGAUGCUGGAGGGUGAAAAAUAAAGUGUAAUUUUCUUAUUAAACAAAGUGCAUGAAAGGUGGCAGAAAUGUAUGCCAAAAGAACUCUAAGAAGGAAAUAUAUCUAUAUAUAACACUUAUUUGCUCUAAUUUUCCUGUGUGUAAAUAUACUUAAGGAGUUUAUUUUAAAAAAAAUAACAAGAGACUGAUAUGGUUUUUCGCUCCCAUAGAACAAAAAACUUUUAUUUUUAAGUACUGAGUUACUCUUAAUGUCACCCACCUAACUUUAAAAGACUCAUUACACUGCAAAAAGAGACUCCCUAAAAAUGUUUAAAUUUUUUUUUUUAAAUCUUCAAAUAAGCAAAAAAGGUGUUGCCAGGAAUUUUUACUUUAAGAAAAAAAUCUAAUCACGGUGACAUUUUUUCUUAAACUAAGAAUUUUUUGCUAUUGAAAUGAUUCAAUAAGAUGAUUUUUUUUUUGAAGACAGAAAAUAAGGCACAUUUUCUUGAAACAAGGGUCUUUACUUUGCUAUUAUUUAGUUUUUGCAGUGCACCCUUCCUUGAAUGUGAUGUUUGAAUGAUGUCCUUCUUUAUCACUACCAUGCAACAGAUGUUUAUUUACUGAUACAUUUCUAUCAAGAACAAAGCAUUAAAGUAAAGUUAUCUACAAUCGACUGAGCAUUUUUUGCACAGAAAAAAAGAAGCAACCUUUAAUUUAUUGAUUGCUUUAGGUGUGGCUGUUAAAUCCUUUCACACGAAGCAGAAUUUCUCUUUCAUGGCUCGCUUGCCUAUGCCACGACAGUGGUUUGUAAAUAUAGCUCCCACCCACAGAGCUGCCGUUGGCUUGGACCAGGCAGGCCAGCAUGGGACGGAAUCGAAGUGCCUGGUAUGGCUGAUAGUCUUUGCAGGGCUGAGGACAGAUGGAGGCUUUGGCGAGUGAGCAGGCACAUCUCUGUGGGACUGCUAUGGACAAAGUGUGGUGCACUGUCACAUGGAGUCAUUCACGCUUCCCUGGUUAGGCCCUCUCUCUUGAGUAUUUCUUCAUUCCCAAUAUCAUUUUUUUAUGGUUUAUGAGUUGUAAAAAAAUGGAAAAGUGACACAUCCUUACUGCAAACCUAUUGUCCAAUGAAUUAACAAACGUAAACUUCUUUCUUUCAUUAAAAAUGCAUCACUUCCUCAUUAUCAAACUGCUUAGAACUGGUGCUUCUUAAACUAACCACGUCAAGGAAGAAACUUC